AUGCUCGAGCUCAGUGGUUUCAACGCCUGCAUCUACAUGGGUGAUGACGAGGAGGAACGCGAGGAGUACAAGGUUCGCAAGGCGGAGACGAAAUCCAAGAGACAAGUAUCUUGCUGGAUAUCAUCCGAAGCAGGACAGAAGUUCACGAUCUUCUUGGAGUAUACCGGCGCUUCAAGGUGUAACUUUACCGGAGAAGUGUUUCUCGACGGGCAUAGUUAUGAGAUCGUCAGCCUCAAAGCUCCUCAGCAGACGAGGGUAUCCAUGAGGGGGACGACCGUCGAAAUUGCUGGGGAUAUCCGCUGGCGUCCUUUCAUGUUUUCCAAGCUUCAGCUCACAGACGACGAGCAGUAUCGCGGUCGCUAUGGACCUGGGGACAUCGGAACAAUCCUCCUCAAGAUAUAUAAAAUCAAGUAUACUACGGAAGCUAAAAGCGGACCUUCAGCCUCGGUUAACGCCACAGCUAACAAAGUACAUGAGGAAGACAAGAAAAAUGCUCCUCAUUGUAUUAGCUUCGGAGAAGCCGACCAUUACGAAUCCGACGAAGGGUUUCACGCCCAACCCUAUUGGUCCAGCCAAAAUGGGACGCCCUUUAACUACAAGAUCAUGGCAAAGUCGGUGGAAUUCCUUUUUCGGUACAGACCCCUUGACGUACUGCAAGCAAAUGGGAUAGUGCCCUUGCAAAGGCCGAUCCACCAAUCUCUAGAAGACCGUCAUAAUGAAUUCGAGCAAGGCUCUUCAUCGACCCCCCGUACCAUCGACGGCGCGUCACCUGCGCCGCCCUCUCAUGCCGGUACUGAACGCCCUGAUAAACCCGAGGAUUCUCCACCAGGUGCUCCCAACGCAUUGAAGCAAGAAGAAGACGAUGCUGUCGGGCAUCUGCGAUCACCAAGCCCCGAGUUGGAGUAUAUGGAUCUUGUCGAGCCACGAGUGACCGUUCCAGAAACCUCUUCAGAGGCAUUGCCUGACGUUACUGCUGCCGGCUCGAACAGGAUAACGUCAAACCAAGAAGGUACUGAUCGUGAGCUCAGCGCACAGCUGGAGCAUUUGGAGCUGGCCGACACAUUUGCCGCCUCGAUGGCUGGUCCCCCAUCGAACUCCCACGUAUCAAGCGAUCGAGACGACGCCCAAGCUGGCCAAGCUGAACUCGAAGUUUCUCAAGCGAUACCCGAGGAACCUUUACCGACUGACCAUGCAGGCGGCGGCGGGAAUAACCCCAAUAUCAAGGUCGAAGCUGAACAUACCACUCUCCCUGCCGUAGCCAACGGAGGCACAACAUCAUCUGACCAAGACAAUGAUCAUCCAGAGGUGAAGAGGGAAGGCACACCUGUCCCUGGUACAAGUAAUGGGAAGAGAAAGUCGAGGUCGGAUAAUCAAUCAAUCAUCCCCAGACUAAAGGAGCGGAAGAAGUAUCAUGAAGAACAAGCGCGUCUUCAUAAAGAACAAUCACGUCUUCACGGAGAACAAGCGCGAAUUCAGGAAGAGCAAUCACGUAUUCAGGAAGAACAGUCGCGUCUAUGCGAUGAGGAGCUCAGUCGAAUCAAGAGGAUAAAGCUAGAGAACGAAGGGGUACAUGGGGAAGGGACUCCUGACGAGCCGUUCGUCAUUCAAGACGACUAGACCAGUGUACUAACAUUGCACGGCUUGGAUUUGGGAUGUACGGAGACAAGUUCCCAGCUGAAAGAGGAUAGAUGUAGAUUUCAGUGCAGCGUAGUCCAAUACCGCUCGAGUCAUGGUUAACUUGACGAAAGGCACCUCUUUGAUACUUGUUGAGUCUCACUGUUUCCAGGUUGAUAUUUCACUUCUUGUCAGUAUCCAUGUUAGGCCGGGUCACUCCGGAAAUUUGCG